AUGUUGGACAAGUUGAAAGAACAGCCCUUGUACCAGGACCUCAACUGGCGCCUGAUCCUCAUCGGCCUCGCCUCUUCCGUGGGAUCCAUGGGCUUCGGCUACGACAACGGCUGGUGGGGUGGUGCCUUGGGUCUGUUGCAGUUCAAGAAGAAGUACGGGGCCUACGACGCCGCGUCGGGCUCAUGGGCCAUGCCCUCCGAAAAGACCUCCGUCGGAACAGGCACAGGCUCGGCCGGCAUCAUCCUGGGCUGUAUCAUCGCUCCCAUCGUCACCACCAAGUUCGGCCGAAAGGCGGGCUUCAUGUGUCUGUCUGCUCUCAUGUUGCUGGGUGUCAUACUGGAAGCGACCGCCAUCACCUCCUAUUGGCAGUUGGUGGUGGGAAGAAUCGUCGUGUACGCCGGCAUCGGGCUUGCCUCGAAUGUCGUCCCUACUUACCUUUCAGAAUGUGCACCACCACGUGUCCGAGGUGCCUUUCUUGGUCUCUAUUCGUUCUUCAACUCUCUGGGCGUCUUCAUAGCCAGUGUGACAGUCUAUGGCUGCCAACAUCGGACCGACAAAUGGCAGUACCUGAUUGUCAUCUUGGUUCAGUUGUUCGUGCCUCUGGUGUACCUGAUUGCCCUCCCCUUCCUCCCAGAAUCGCCCAGAUACCUUGUCUACCGGGGAAGGUAUGAAGAGGCCGAAAAAGUGAUGAGAGUCCUAUUCAACCACCCAGAGAACAUCACCACAGAGAUCCAAUUGCUCAAACUCCAGAUCGAAGAGCAGCGCGAGCUGCACAAGGCUACCACGCUCUUGGACUGCUUCAAGGGAGCCAACCGGCGACGAACCAUCGCCGCCAUGGGCGUCCAGAUCCUGCAGCAGGCGCAGGGUGUGUCGUUCAUCCAAAACUUCAUCAUCACCUUCAUGCAACAGCUCGGAUUCCCCAACGCCUUCGAGACCAACGUCUUGGUGACGGGAUGCUCGUUCGCCGUCCACUUUGUCACCUUCAUCACCUUCGACAAACUCGGCCGUCGGAACUCCCUCCUGCUGGGUUCCCUGGGCAUGGCAGCCACCAUGAUGGGCACGGGCGGCGCCACCACGACCGCCAGUGUCUCGAAUCUGUCGAUGCCAGUCAAGAAUGCAUGUGCUGCCAUGCUGAUCCUGUGGUACUGCAUCUACGGCUUCACCUGGGGUCCAGGCUGCUGGAUUGUCACUGGCGAGGUGGGAACCGGCCAGCUUCGAGAACGAACCAUCUUCCUGGCCUCGGUCGGCAGUUUCCUCACCUCGAUCCCCAUCAACUUUGUCAACCCUUACGUCCAGAAGGCCAUUGGGGGUGAUGUCACCUUCAUCUACGGCUCCUUCUCCGUCGUGGCCAUUGUCUUUAUCUUCUUCUGUCUUCCCGAGACCAACCGCCGUUCCCUGGAAGAAUUGGAUGAGAUGUUCCAAUCCGACGUCCCCACCAGGAAAUUCAAGCAUCAUGUUUGCACUGGACUGGGCGCCCAGAUCACACAACUGGAAGACCACGAAAAUGAACAUGGCCUUGAUGGACCGGCCGAUAAGGCAAUGGUGUCUGAACGAGAGAUGGCGUGA